UCUCUGUCUCUCUCUUUUCAGCCCUUGAAUACCAUAAUCUCAACACGUCAAUGGCAACCAAGAAAUAUUGGGUGAUAACAGUGAUCCAAGAUGUGGACAGCUCCUCCCUGGAGGCAAACUACCAGAGCUUUGCCAACCUGAUGGAGCAGCGGCUGGCUGAGCUCUUCUUGGUGGCCGGCAGGCAGGGCCCUCAGACGGCACGAUCUCGGCGGGCCACCACCGUAGGGAGCUACACCGUACAGAUGGUGAGCAUGCGUCGACUGCCUGGUCCGAAGAACCCAGCAGAGAUGACCUAUUUUGCCCAGCUGAAUGGAGCACCCAUCACUGGCUCCACCGCUGCCAAGACCCUUAGCAGUCUGGACUCGCAGACCAUGGCUUUGACACUGGGAUACUUUGUACAAGUGCAGGCUGAACCUGUGGUAAAGACGCCGCCCAGCAACCUGUGGAUCAUGGCUGUUCUAACGCCUCUCUUCCUGUUGAUGGUGGUGAUCGGUAUGGUGUCCUUCAUUCUGUGUAAGAGGAACAGGGUCAUCUUUAAAGCUGGCGCCUUCAGGACCUUCAAAACCCGCUCCAAGCCUGUCCAGGGCUUUGACUACGCCAAGAAGCACAUGGGUCGAACGGGUGAUAAGGCUAUCUCCGUUACCAAGGAGACACUGGUGCUGGGGCUGCCUGUACGAGAUGCUCCACUGUCACUGUCAUUGGAUAAGAAGGUCCACCAGGAUGGGACAGCCAGCAAGAGGCCUCCAUCUGCUGACAUACACAAAGGAGGUCGGUUGCCAAGUGAGGAGGACGGCUCUGUGUCAAGUAACGGCUCCGGGAAGCUGAACACCAGCAAGAGCUCCUCAGCCCGAAGGACAGCGACUGGCAGCAGCGGCAAGAACGGCAAGGAGGAGCUUCACAAGAGGAGCCCCAAUGACCCAUACGAAGACCAUUCAGGCUCUCUGCGUCUCAUCACCAUUAAACCCAUGACUGCUCAACCAACCUACUCCUAUCCCUCCUCCUCAUCCCACAGCCAAGACUCUGUGGUCCUUAAUGUGGAGGCAAACCAUGGCGGGCUGAAACAAAAGUCUGACAUUGAGCACUACAGGAACAAACUGCGGCAGAAGGCCCGGAGGAAGGGCUAUGGAGAGUUCUCUCUGUCUGAGGGUGGCAGCCAUGGUUACAGUCACCAUGACACCAGGCACAGUCGGCACGACAACGGGGUCAAGGAGCCAAUGACUGCUGAGGAAAAGAGGGCAUCCUUCGCAGGAUGUCAUAAGAGGUACUCCCACCCACGGGAGCCAACCUAUUGGAGCAGGCAGUCUCUGAGCAGCCCAAGCCCAGUAGAGACGGAGAUGGACCUGCUUGUGCUGAGAGAAAGAUCCAGGAGGGGCAUCCGGAACAACGGCUAUGAUGGUGAACCAGAACCGUUUGAGGAGACCAAUGUGGACCGUCUGAUGAGCUCUCUGGGUUACGGAGGUGUCACUGGGAACGGCAGCCUUGGGGUGAAAGCUCACCGUGGCUCCGACUCCUCCACACUCAGCUCUCAGCCUUCCAUUGAUGAGGUCCGCACGCAGAUGCAUAUGUUGCUGGGCAACGCCUUCAGCCUGGCACCUCCGGACCACGCCCCCCCUUCUCCUCCAACCAAGAGCCACUACCAUCACCAACAUCAUGCCCACAGAGCCUACAACCCGUCCCACACCAGUCACUACAGUGACGGGGUGACCAGUGCCCCGGGGACCAUGAACCAUCCCUGUGGAGGCAGGCAGAGGAGUGCAGGCUACGAGGACAUGCACCAGUGUAGCCUGCCCAAACCGGGUUUUCGGUUCACCCAGCUUCCUGAUAUGGGCAUCGGGUCUCCCCCGCCACUGAUCCCCUCAAGACCAGGACCACCACCUGGGACCUCAUUACGACGUUCCACCCCUGAUGUUAGUGUGAAGCCCCGUGUGUCAGAGGCCUCAGACCUGCAGGCCCAGCAGCACAACGGUGCCCCAUACCUGCCGCUGUCCAGGACCCCCUUCCCUGCUGUCACUGUCGACCAGUCCAUCAGCACCUACUCAGGAAACCCAAUAACAGCAGUCUACGCUAUAUCUGCUAACCGCCCUGGUUACUCAGACUACUUUGUCAUGUCACCGCCGUCCUCAUACCGUAGCCCAUCCUGGAUGUCCUACCCACCUGAGCCUGAAGACCUGCCGCGCCAUUGGAACGACACACCAAACUCACGUCAUCUUGAAACCAUCUGCUAAAGUCGUCUGCCUGUGACACUGAGCGGAAACAGCCGAUAGCUUGGUGUCUCUUUGGAUGGGUAGAAGACCUCCCUCUCACUGGAAUUCCCUGAAGCUAUAUCACCCCUCCUUCACUUCGACCAGGCCUUCCUCCUGUCUGAUUUAUUCAUCAGGCCUCCGCUACCACCUUAUCCCCACCUCCUCCUCUCUCUGCUGGGCUGGCCUCCUUCUAUCCUCUCUCAGCCCGCUUCAUCUGCAGCUCAUAGCGUUUCUCAUCCUCCAAAACUCCUUUGUCCCAUAAGCCCCUUCACCUGGUCAAAGCUCUGCUUUAAUCUCCUUACCAAUGUAAAUGUUCAGCCAUAAUUCUCUAUCUUGUAUUCCCUCUGAGCCCCUGGCCUCACUGGCCCUAACAGGCCCCGCUGGGCCCCUAGUCACUAUCUCUUUGUGCACUGCCUCCUCUGUGGUAACCACCACUGUACAGCAAGAGGCCCCUCACACUGCUGAACUGAACUGAGCUGAGCUGCAUGAAGCUGUACUGUGCUUCCCUGUGUAAUAACACAUGUGCAGUAUGGAUGAACAGGGUGAGUACAUUACAGUGUGACAUGCAGGGCGACAUUUUAACUAGUUCUCUGUCCCAGCAAUCAUCGCACAGUAGCUGCAUCUGCCCAGCACACGAACGCUGCAUUAUCAGUAUCGUAGUGCCCCAGCCGUGGCCAGUAGUCUACUCCUCUCAACUGGACUGGACCAUCCUGGACUUGUCCCUAAUUUCCACCAUAAAACCAGGAAACCUGGACUGACUUAAAACUGUGCUUUUUUUGAUGAAUCCAAAUUCCUACUGUAUGUUAACAUUAUACAGCUGGUUAAUAUGUGUAUUUUAAACUUAAGUGAGAAAACAAAUCUAAGGAAAAGGGAGAAAAAAAUCUCGUCUUGAGCUGUCUCAAUUUCAGUUUUUGAAUAUUUGUGUGCUUUUGUCUUUUACUUUUGUGCAUUGAUUAUUAUCAAUGGAUUACUGUACAAAAAAAACUUAGUGAGUGUUUCUCACAGUAUUUUAAGUCAAAAAAUAUAUAUUACAUUUUUCAAAACAGAGAAAUCUGCGGCUUAGUUGUCUAUGGAAAUAAUGGCAUUACUGUACAUUUAAAAAUAAUUACUUCGUUUACUCUUUUACUUCAUCAGAUUCAGUAAUGAAAACAGGAAUUAGUCACUUUGUUCUGUUAAUCAUCUAAUUAUGAAGUUUUUGUCUGCUAAUCAUUAGGCAGACCUGGGUCAACUAUUCUAAGUUCUGCGUUUUGUAGCUUUGCAGCCGCUGCAGGAUUUGUUUGACUUCUCACAAAAGAUAAAAACAUUUACUACAUGAUGGCUUUGAUUUUAACUUAUUUAAAUUUUGGUUUGACGCAGGUCUGAUGAAAUUAUGAGAACACACAAUUAUUGAUAAUUACAAAAUAACAAGUUAUUUUACUUGAAAGAUCUACUGUAUUCUACUGUACAAGGAAAUUUGACUUUUGGUUAAUUUGGUCUUGAUGAAUACUUGGUCACUGGACUAUGGUGUAGUACUGUUCAAGAAACUUGCUGGGCUCAGAUGAGCCUUACAUGUAACGAUUAAAUGUAUUACUGUAUAUAGCAGAUGAUUUAACAAAGAGAUUUAUGCAAGUUCUGUGGGAGGGAUACUUCACUUGACAUUUUUCUGACCCCAUUUUUCUUGAAUCUCCUUGAACUUCUGAAGGUUGCACACAUUUCAGUAUCAUCUGGAUCAUCUUUUUUCAUAGUAUUACUUAGAAAAAAGAAGAUAGAAAAUAUUACAGAUAAAUACAUUACUCUUAGGAACAGAUGGAGUGUUUAGAGUGACAUGCAGUAAAAAGGCAGAUCUUACCUGACAUGUACAGUAUUAUUUAUGUUUGAACAAAGCCAUAUACAAGUUAAAAUAAUGCAUUUUUUGCAAUUUCUUUAACACAGAGAAUGUCACAGUCUAAAUUAUAUUUACCCUAUUUUUUUAUAGGGGAACUGGAAAUAUGUGAGCACACUGUGUGUAAGGCUCCUCAUAAUUUAGAUGGUACAAUAUAGUCAUAUGUUAACAGCUAGGAUAUACAGUGUUAUGUUAAAAGUGGCAAAUUAUACCAAAUGAGAAAAUAUUAGAUAGGAAGUAAUGAGGUAGGUAAUAAAGACAUAGUAAAGAAAGGGGGGAAGCAAAGGUAAGAGAUGACAGUACUAGAGCAUUAUGAGCGCACACAAUUGGUGUUUUAAAUCAUCAUUAUGUUCACUGGAGAUCUGCAGCAAUCAUAUUUAAAAUCAUACUCUGUAUACUGUAUAAACCAGUAUAUUGUUGAAAAGAAAACUCUUCCACUACUGUUUAUCAUUUUAUUUGACUCCAUGUAAAAGAGAGGGUGGGUUUUUGUUUUAAAGCAGUAAUUUUAAGGAGACUUGAUGCUAUGCUAUAAGUUAAUGUGCAAUGUUUGUGCUUUACACGGGUAGCGGCAAGAUGCUUUUAUUGACAACGGACUCUGGGAUGGACUGACAGUCAGUAGUUUUUUUCUGCCGUUUGAGCCAUGUCUUGAUGCUGAGGUAUCAUGGCGGCACUGAUGAUGUCACACCGUCGUCACUUGGGUGUUGAUGAGGUCACAGUGACAAUAAUAAAUGCUGUUGGAUGUAGUUAAGCAGAAAACUUUUUGGUGAAUUUAAAAAUAAAGACAACUUACAAUUC